CGUCCCCGUAUAAUCGAUAAUUAUAAUAACAUAACCUAGCAUUAUCGAUUUUAGCGUUAAUGCAUUUUUUAAGUAUUUUAUUUAGUACUAAUUAAGUACUUGUACUAGUCAUUUACAGUUCCUCGAUCGCGCGAAUAUGUGAGCCGCUUUUCGGCAAUUCUCGCCGAUCGGGAAUGCAGUAUUAAGGAGGGGGUUCCAAAUGGAGACGCAGGAUUUCAAAUUUAGCCUCUACGAUUACGAUAUAGCGACCGCGAAUUGCGUGAACAUCUCGCAGGUUAAGUCCGAUUUUAGGAUAAGCGACGACGAGGAUGAGGACGACUCGCCCAAGAAGUUUUACACCCUGACGAAUUUCGUCGUCGAGCCGUCGGUCGACGUUAAGGCCGAGCUGAACGGCGAGGCGAACGAGUCGACGGACAUACCGAUCGCGAUCAUCGAGACUCAGAGCAAGGAGUACGACGAGCUGAACGGCGAGGGCGAGUUUAUUAAUAUUAACGUCGCGAAGCCGGCGAUUGAGAAGAGGUACGUUGUUGAAACGUAUUCCAAUGAUCUCGACCUUCAUAGUGUAGAGAAGAGGCCGGCGAGCCCCGAGUUUUGUGAGCCGGUGGAGGCGGUGGCGAUGGACGUCGACGUGGAAGCGUCGUUGAGGUGUAAGGAUUGCGAUUUUACGACGUCGAGCGACACGGAGCUGAAGGCGCACGGAAAGACGCACGCGGCUCCCGCGCAGUUCAUUUGUAAGAUCUGUGGGCAGUUGUUCAAGCACAGCUACAGCGUGAAGCGGCACAUGCGCAUUCACACGCGGGACCCCGCCUACAAGUGCAACGAGUGCAACUUCGAGUGUCAGCGCAGUGAGUCGCUUAAGGCCCACAAGAAGACUCACUCGGAGAGUUCUACGUCUCACAAGUGUAACAUCUGCGCGUUCACCACGUCGAGCAAGUCGUCGCUGAAAGCCCACCUCGACAGUCACACCAAAGACCCGCUUAAAGGCGAGGACUGUGAUCUUAGUGCCACACGACUACUUUUAGGUUUAACGAGUGAUAGUGAAGAUCGGCCAUGUAACUUUAAUAGCAUUAGCGAGCGGUACAAAUGUAGCGACUGCAAUUACAGUACAACAAAGCUAGUUCACCUAAAGAUGCACAUGCGGAAACACAGCGCCGACGUCCCCUUCAAGUGCAAACUCUGCGACUACACCACGGCGAAGAAGGGCAACUUCGUCGUGCACUUGCGCAAUCACACCGGCGAAAAGCCGUACAAAUGCGCGUCGUGCGGCUUCACCUGCAAGCAGUUCAUCCACCUCAAGCGGCACAUUAAAAACCACGUCAACGAGGAGGAACUGUUCGGCUGCAGCAAGUGCGAGUAUAGGACGGGCGAAGGCCGCGAGCUCGAGCUGCACAUCAAAACUCACGGCGGCACCUCGGAGUUUGUCCUCGACGAGCUUCAGUUCGAUGACGAGAGCUCGGACGCCCACUCCAACUCAUCGGACGCCUUCCUCACGGAGCCCGCCGACACCCGUCGCCGCUCUACGAAAACCAAACUGCACAAGUGCCCACACUGCGAGUACAUGACCAACCAGACCGGCAAUCUCAAGCGCCACCAGAAGACCCACUACAAAGAGACGCCCCCCUCGCCCGUCUCCGUUCCCGUGGAGACGCCGCCGGCCAAGCUCGACGUCCUCGAGUGCGGCGAGUGCCCGUACAGGGCGACGCGUAAACACCAAAUGGACAUUCACAUGCGGGUCCACAACGGCAAACAGCUCUACGAGUGCAACCUCUGCGAUUAUAAGUCGAUCAACAAGUACAACCUGUCACGACACCAAAGGACCCACGCCUUCGACGAGACGAACGGCACGACAAAGGAGCCGGAAUCGGCGGGGGGAUAAUUAGGUAGUUUUUGGCAUUAACGUCGUAAAGUUAUUUUUAUAAGGUGUGUGUUCGGAUUGAUGUCAAUAUUUAUUUAACGCAUUUGUGUUGUGGACGCUUUUUUGGGGCGCGUGCGCAAGAAAGCGUCUACUCCUGUACAGUGUAAAAUUACAAAAGAGAACUUUG